CCUCGCAUUAAUUAACCUCAAGAUGGAACUUAACCUUCUUACAUACCAUCGUAAGUCUGUAUCACUUACCACCUAAGCUUGUAGAAGUUUGGGGAUUUAUAUAUUUACCCCUAUAUAUGCAUAACACCGUUAAUUCCUGAUUUACCUGGUUUAAGUUACUAAUAAAAUAGUUUUGUUAACAGCAGAACCUGACUCCAGGUGUGUUCUAUUGCUGCUGAUACUUUUAUAGGGUUGCGUGUACGUCUCUCUCUCUCUCUCACACACACACACACAGUUCUGUGAAAAUCACCAUCCCACUGUACAGAUGAGACAGAUAAAACACAGACUGCCUUAGAGAAAACAAAAAAGAGAAAACAUGUAGAUGCUGGAAAUGCAAACAGCACACACGAAACGCUGGAGGGAAUCAGCAGACCGGGUAGCAUCUAUGGAAAAGAGAACAGACGAAUUUUCGUACCAAGACCCUUCACCAGGACUCUUCUUCAGCAGAAAAAGAUCUACUUCGGAGGUAGGUCAUUUUAUUCGACUGUUCUUGAAUUGUUUGACUAAGUACUACGUAAAGGCGUUCUUGAAGGAAAGCAUCUUCCAUCGUAUUGAUUCUGUGUAAGAAAAUAUCCAUUGUUUGACUUUCUCUUUUGGGCAUACAUCCACAUGAAUCCUCACGACCUGAAAUUAUUCAUGAUUCUUUUAGUUUUGUUAAUGUGGAGGCCUUUGCCAAUGCUGAGCGAGAGCAGACAGCAUGACAGAUCUCUGAAGGUCCUUGCCAUUGGUUGCGAGCAGGUAAUGUGUGCAAUCAUGGAGCGGAAGUAUAUGAAAAGAGUUACCUUUUCAAUCAGGUCCACAAUCAAGACUGAAAAAGUACAACUUCGCGGCAGUUUCUCAGAGUUGUACUGCGACCAAUCAUCGUGCAGGAGUAGGUGAGUAGGGCUACUUUUUCAAUCAGUUCUGCAAUCAAAAUUAAAAAGACAGAACUUUGCAGAAGUUUCUCGGAGUUGGACUACAACCAUUCAACUGAGCAGGACAAAUAAAAAUAACGCAAGUGCAAGCGGAGUGGUCAUUCUUCAAAGUGUUUGGAGCGGCUUUGGCUCAUCAGGCACAGGCGAGAUCAGGCUUGGGCGACGUGGCGUAUCUGGUUAGAGACAGCGAAGAAUUGAUGUCCUGGAAUCUCAAACAAAACAACAAGGGAUUCACUCACUCAGUGCGACCCGCAGACACCCCAGUGAGUUCACAGUGCAGAGGGAGGCCCUAACACCCGCUUUGUAUGGGAGAAGGGAUUCACUCACUCAGCCGAUCUGCGAACACACCAGUGAGUUAACAGUGUGUAGAGAUGUCAUUUACCUGCUCUGUGUUUGGGAUGGGGUUCACUCACUCAGCCAAACCGCAGACCCAGCAGUGAGUUUACCCUGGGGAGAAGCCAUUCACCUGCUCUGCAUCUGGGAGGAAUCUGAUCAGUCAUCCAGCCUGAAAAGACAUCACUAAGUUCACAGCAUACUGAGAGGUUCACUGUUCUGACUCCGGGAGGUAAUUCAUUCUGUCAUCCGAGCUGAAGACACACGGGUGAGAGGCCAUUCACCAGUUCCGUGUCUGGGAAGACAUUCAUUCACUCAGUUAUCUGAUCCACUGACAAACGAGUGUGUUUACACUGGGCAGAGGACAUACGUCUGCCCAGACUGAGAAGGGAUUCACUCACUCAUCCAAACUACGGUUCAUACUGAGGAGAUGUCAUUCGCCUGCUCAGACUGUGGGAAGGGAUUCACUCAGUCAUCGUACCUACUGAAACACCAGUUAGUUCACACUGGAGAGAAACCAUUCGCCUGUUCAGACUGUGGGAAGCGAUUCACUCGGUCAUUUCAUCUGAAGCUCCACCAGUCCGUUCACACAGGAGUGAGGCCUUUCACCUGCUCUGAAUGUGGGAAGGGAUUCACUCGGCCAUCCUACCUACAUUUACACCAGCGAGUUCACACUGGGGAGAGGCCGUUCACCUGCUCAGACUGUGGGAAAGGAUUCACUCGGUCAUCUUCCCUACUGGAACACCAGCAAGUUCACACUGGGGAAAGGCUGUUCACCUGCUCCGACUGUGGGAAGGGAUACACACAGUUAAGCCAUCUACAGAGGCACCGGUUAGUUCACACGGGGGAGAGGCCAUUCAUCUGCUCAGACUGUGGGAAGGGAUUCAUUCUGUCAUGUGAACUGAAGGAUCAUCAGCGUAUUCACACGGGACAGAUGCUGUACACCUGCUCUGAAUGUGGGAAGGGGUUCAAUCGGCCGUCCCUCCUAUACACACACCAGCGAGUUCACACUGGGGAGAAACCAUUCACCUGCUCACUUUGUGGGAAGGGAUUCGCUGAAGCAUCUACACUGAAGCGACACCAGCGAGUUCACACUGGGGAGAAGCCAUUCACCUGCUCUGAAUGUGGGAAGGCAUUCACUAGUGCGUUCGGCCUACAAAGACACCAGUCAGUUCACACCGGGGAGAAACCAUUCAUCUGCUCGUAUUGUGGCAAGGGAUUCCCUGUGUCCUCUGAACUCAAUCUACACCAGCGAAUUCACACUGGAGAGAGGCCAUUCAUCUGCUCUGAAUGUGGGAAAGGCUUCACUAGUUCGUUCGUCCUACGUAGACACCAAUCAGUUCACACUGGGGAGAAACCAUUCACCUGUUCAGAUUGUGGGAAGGGAUUCCCUUACUCAACUCAACUGAAGCUACACCAGCGAGUUCACACUGGGGAGCGACCGUUCAUCUGCUCCGAGUGUGGGAAAGGAUUCAGUCAGUCAUCCAGCCUUGUGACACACUACCGAGUUCACACUGGGAAAAACGUGAAAUAACUUGCCCACUUUAUAUUUAACCAUGACAGUUGCUGAAUCCAGUGGCAAGUUGAAAAGUGACUUGAUGUUGAACUCGGCAAUUAUUGCUGUUGGAUGUAUUGCAACUCGAUCACUGGGCACUGCAGAAGUUUCUUCUGCUGAUGUUCAACUGUAAUGAGUCUGGAGUUUAAUAUUCUGGAUCUGUGACAAAUAAAUCAGUUCUAUUUUAAACUCCA